AUGAAGAACCUCGGGCUGGUAACCAUACCCACCGCCGCGGUUGCUGUUAAAGCUUCGAACGGCACGUUUUUACAAUGUUUGGAGUCGGCUUUCGGUAACGACACCAACCUUUACUCCCUACCUGAAGACCCACUGUUCUUACAAGGGGACGUGACACCAUACAAUCUGGAUCACCUCAAUAUUCCAGCUGCAAUUAUAUCCACAAAGACGCAACAGCAAGUAUCGCAAGCCGUCAAGUGUGCGCAUACAGCAGGAGUUGCAGUACAGGCGCGCAGUGGCGGCCAUAGCUAUGCGAACUAUGGAUUGGGAGGCUUCAAUGGGUCCCUGGUAAUGAACAUGAAGAAUAUGGGUGCUUUCAGUUACAACGAGACUGAUCAGACGGUUACUUUUGGUCCAGGGAACCUUCUCGGAAACCUCUCGCAGAAGCUGCAACCCCUCGGGCGGGUUAUGGCAUACGGUGAAGUGGACGUCAUCGGCUCAGGUGGCCACAUGACCAUUGGCGGUCUCGGAACACUCAGUCGACAGCUGGGACUGGCAACUGAUCAGAUCGUAUCAGCGCAGUGCGUGGUCGCAAACGGUUCCAUUGUGACAGCCAGCGCAAGCACGAACCCUGACCUGUUCUUCGCUAUCCGAGGCGCUGGUUUCUCGUUCGCUAUUGUUACAGAGUUCACCAUGAAGACUGCACCUGCGCCAUCUGAGAUUACCCAGUAUGCGUACAACAUCACGGCCAGGGAUACGACCUCUUUCACAAGCACAUUCCAAGGUUGGCAAACACUCGUCUCGCAGCCCAAUCUCAGCCGCCAGUUUUCCAGCACUGUCACUCUCAGCCAAGGCUCGAUGAUCAUCAAUGGCAUCUUCUAUGGGCCGCGAUCUGAGUUCGAUGCGCUAGACACCAAGUCUAUCAUGCCUGCCAAUAGCUCAGCCGUAUCUGCGCAGAGCACCGUUGUCACCGUGCCAUUCAUGGGCCUCGGCGACCCCACUCUUACAGCCACUGGCAGCUUCCCGCUGCACUUCUACGCCAAGAGUGUCAAGACGACGAACAAGACACUGAUGUCGAACGAAACCAUUCAAUUGAUGUUUUCGUACAUCAAUGCGACAGAGAAAGGAUCACCCGUGUGGCUCGUCAUCUGGGAUCUCGAAGGCGGCGCCAUAUCCGAUGUUUCUCAGACGGCUUCCGCGUACUGGCACCGUGAUGCGCUCUAUUUUAUGCAGAGCUACGUCGUCAGUCUUACUGAGCCCGUCAGCGAUGUCUCCAAGAGCUUCUUGGCCGGCCUCAGCCUCCUGGUGCAGAAUGAGACGGGCGCAGAUCAGAGUGCAUAUCCAGGUUAUGUCGACCCUGAGCUUGGGGAUCCACAGCGGUCUUACUGGGGCUGCAAUGUGCCUCGCUUGCAGACGGUCAAGGCGGCGCUCGAUCCUGAUAAUGUCUUUCGCAAUCCUCAGACUGUGUCGACUACCUAUAAUGCCUCAAUAUGUCCGAUUCAACAGUCUCCUCCACCGACUUCGGGCUCCGUGGCACCAGCCUAUAUGGGGCAGUGUACCCUGUUGUCUAUGGUUUUGUUAGUGGUAGUCUUCUACUUGUGA